CCAACUCUGGUGAAGCUCAGAUCUUCAUAAAAUUUAGGCACCCAUGAGGUUAUAAUCGUUCCAAUCAUGCGAAUUUAGAUUCUAAUACAAAUCUCAUAUACAUACAUACAGUCACAGUUAAACCAUCCUCAUUGAUUAAACUCAUUCAGAUAUUAUACAAGUAAAGAUAACUCGGAUUCACGACAUAUCAAUUUACAUCUCGUCUCUUAUUCGACCAAUCCGUGCCAUCCUCUGAUCUUACUACACGUAUAGUCCCUAUAUCUUUGAAAGCAUCAGCUCCUUGAAUCAAAAUGGAACUGCCCAGAUCAAGAUAUGCCGGAUUGUUACAGAGCAUGGAUGAGGGUGGGUCUUGACUCUUGACAGUGACGCAGCCCUAAAAUUGCUUGAUUGUGCUCCGGCGUCUCGAGUAUCUCCAAACUCUGCAAUAGUGAGAGUCUCAUGCACUAAACUACUUCAUAUCUACAACACCAUGGAUCGAUGUGACGAUUCCCGGAUUCAAUCUGAAAUGGAAUGAUCAUGCCAACACAGAAGCAUAGAAACACAGCGCCUGAGGAUGUAGAACCUGGUUUUCUGCUGCUUCACCACCGCCAAACACCGCUUCCGCAAGCCGGAUUUCCGGCCAACUUUCCGGCGAUCACCCAAGGAGGGGAUGAAGUAAGAAAUGGUCAUGGCGGCCGGAAGGUUUUGGUGGGUAUGGAUAUGGAAGUAGAAGCAGAGAUUGAGGUUGAAGCAACCAAUUGUUUGUUAUAUAGACCUGGUCUUAGACGCUAUGUCUCCACCAGUCAUUUUUCGUUUGGUUCUAAGGAGAUGCCACGUCCUGUGUUUGUCUUUGUCUUUGUCUUUGUUGACCACAUUUGGGCCAACGUCGGCCCAUCUUACCAAGGUUCAAUUCACCACACUCUGCUUGUCGCUAUCUCUGUUGUUACCAAGUACCAGCAUUUUGAAAAUCUCCGAGCCGACAUCCUUAAAGUCGAGGAAUGGCCGACAUUCUCAGAAAACAAGGAGGCCCGAAAUUAA